AUGACUGAAGACACAGAGGCCAACUCAUUGCGAGAGCAGGAGGUUGUGAAGCCAAUCAAGUCUUGGAAAGGAUACAUUUGGGAUACUUGGGAGCUGCCUCGCGACCAGCGAAGGUUGCUAUUUAAGCUUGAUGCAUUCGUCUUAACAUUUGCAUCGAUCGGAUAUUUUUUAAAGAACCUGGAUCUUCAAAAUGUUACCAAUGCUUACCUUAGUGGCAUGGAAGAAGAUCUUGAGAUGUAUGGUAAUCAACUGGUGACCAGUACAUCGAUCUUUACAGUUGGCUAUGUUAUUGGACAAAUCCCGUGCAAUUUGCUAUUGACGCGAGUUUCACCCCGAUGGGUCAUUCCAGCUCUUGAGGUUGGCUGGGGAAUUUCUACCAUGUCUAUGUCCAGUGUCAAAUCCUACAAGAGCCUUUAUGCUCUUCGCUUCCUGGUCGGAAUUUUUGAAUCUGGAUUUUACCCUGGUAUUCAUUACCUCCUUGGGUCAUGGUAUACGCCACAGGAGAUCGGAAAGCGAGCAAUGACAUUCUGGCUUGCGGGUUCAAUCGGCCAACUUUUUAGUGGCUUCCUUCAGGCAGCAGCCUAUACCAACCUGGAUGGCGUUGAAGGCCGAGCAGGAUGGCGAUGGCUCUUCAUCAUCGAUGGCAUCAUUACGAUACCACUCGCCUUGGCAGGGUUCAUAUUCUUCCCUAACCUGCCCCAAAGUGGCCAGAAAACUUGGUGGACAAGUGAAGAGGAGCAUAUCCUUUCCGUCAAGCGAAUGCAGGCGAUCGGCAGAGCUGGUAAAGAGCCCUGGUCAAUAGCCAAGGCGAAGAGAAUUUUCUCCAGCUGGCAUACGUACCUUCUUCCGGCGCUCUACAUCGUCUGGAACAACGGAUACCCACAGGCCGGUAUGGGAUAUUGGCUGAAGAGCUUUAACGCGACGCCUGCUCCCGUGCCUGGAAAACAUUACUCUGUGUCCCAGAUCGAUAAUUUACCGAAUGUUACCAUCGCUAUAUUCGUUGUCAUGGCUUUUAUUUGGGGUUGGCUCUCCGAUGGACCCUUCCGUGGAUCGCGUUGGCCCUUCAUUUAUAUCGGUGCUGUCGUCACGAUAAUUUUCGAUGUUGUGCUACGUCAGAUGCCGCUCUAUUCAGACAUACCUGGUCGCACGGCGGUGUACUGGCUUAGUUUCAUUGGAACUGGUGCUGGACCAUUGAUCCUCAGUUGGACCAAUGAGAUUUGCUCGGCGGAUACGGAGAAGCGAGCUAUUGUGGUAGCAUUAUCCAAUGAUCUUGCUUAUGUCGUGCAAGCGGUGGCCCCCAACUUUGUAUGGAAAACCACGGAUUUUCCUGCUGCAAAGAAAGGAUAUCUCUGGUCUAUCAUUCUGCAGAUACUGUCGAUUGUCGUGACAUUGGCUAUCCAAUUACUGUUACGGAGAGAUAGAAGAAAAGCCGCGAAUCUUCAGAUCGAAGGCUCAGCUCCUGCUUUGGAAGAGGAUUUCUCGUCCGGACAAGCCUCAUCUUCUGAACAAGCAUCGACGUCGGAUUCGGCUUCUAUUGAUAAGAAAAAGCUUCCCAACACCAAUGUCUCAGCUGUGGAAUCCACUUCAAGUUGA